CUGCAUCCCCUACCUGGACACGCCCAUCUCUCGUAGGAUGCACAACCUCAUUGAGACCAUCAGGAGUCAGAGGCAUCGCUACAUGAGACUGACCAUUGUGAGACAGAGAGAUAAGCUGGAGAUAGUAGUGAAGCAUUUCCUGAUGGAGGACAGAGGUACCGAUGGCUCUUCGUCUUAUGUUGACUUUCUCUGUCACAUGCACAAAGAAAUCAGGUCGCUGCUCAGUUAACAAUAAACUCAUCCUUAAUUUCACCACAUGAACUGAGCCCUGGCAGAAUAAUCUGCCUCCAAGAAACUGAGUUGGAUGUAUUUGUAAUUUAUAUUCAUUGAUUUUUAUUAUAGCUUAAUUACUUUAGAUUGGCUGAUAGGGUUCUAUAAUGAAAUUGAAACGCCUAUGUUGUUGUAAUACCAUUUCUACAAGAUGAGGAGUUUUCCAAUUAACAUCAAAUACUUGAAAUAGAAUAUCCAUUCAUGGAACACAUAGAUUGAAUUAGCUCUUUGUAGACUCUUCAAAAACUUAAAUCUUUAUUUUGGUUGUUCUGUAGUACUAUUAACUAUUAACUAUGAUAUGAACAUGGAGUUUACAAAGUUCUUUAUGAUAUCUGUUAUUUUUGGUAAGAUUGCAAACGAAUUAGGUGUUAUACACCUAGUUUUAUAAUCAAAUUUUGAUCAUGUGAGUAGAUUCAUUGGACUUUUAGCCCAUAUUUAAUUCGAAUAUUAUAAAUAAUUGCUUUUUGAGUUUCAUUUGGCCUGGUGUAUCAGUUGUGUGAAUACUCGAUAUUUUAAAAAUCUUGUUCUUUAGUUCGGGGUUACGAAUUUAGUAUGAUUCCUGUAUAGAUGGAUUGUGAAAUUUAAAUUUAUCACUGCAAUAAUGUUUUUGUAACAAAAGGCAUUCAAAAUUGAUCAAUUUAAAAUGAAAUGAAUAAAUCAAUGACUAAACAUUGUAUUCAAGCAGUUUUCAAUGACGAAAUAUUUAACUAGUAGUUUUUAUACUUCUGGAAUUGAACUUUGAAUAGGUUGAUGCAUUUUAAAGAAGUCGAGUGUUGUGUAUAAUUUUAAGGGAACAAUAUCUAUUCGAGUUAUUAUAAUGUGGUUCUUGGUAAAAACUGGUUUUACUGAGGUAUUUGUGUUAGUAAAUACAACAUGAUUUCCAAGUAAAAACUCUAAAUUAUGAAUUUGUUGUAUUUUUUGGAUGUAUGGCUGCUCAGUUGUUAAUCUGUAUCUAACUUAGUUGUAACGUUGAUUUUAACUGUUGAUAUUGGAUCAUCUAUAUGCUAUUUUAAGUAGUUGAAUUUAUUAUUAAAUAUCAUGUAUAUUAUAAUCUAAA